AGAUAAACAUGUCGAGGCAAAGGCAUUUUUGUUGUGACGACGAGACCGGCGAGAUUGUCACGUACCUCGUUAACGACGAGACGGGCGAGCCGACGCCGUCUUCCGCCGCGGUCGGGCCGCGCGUGGCCGCGCCUCCUACCGAUACCAUACACUUUCCUAGGGGAUACAUGAGCAAGACGAAAAAAUUCCAAGUAUUAAAAGAGAAUAUAAUCAGAGGCUCGAAUGUGUUUAGUCCGAGGUUGCUUCUGAUACCGAUGGCGGCAGUUUUUCCAGCGGUUCUGAUCAUGUUACUUAUGAUUGUCGAAUUGUUCAUACACGUGUGCUGCCACAAACAAAACAAGUCACUGAAGGACCCGAGCCUGUACUACCGCAGUCCGCUCCACAUGGUCACGAGCAUCUUCUGUGGAGUGUGCCGGGAGAACGAAAUGUCUUCCAAGAUCGGGCAGCUGCAGGAUCAGAGGAGGUGCCGCUACGGUUACUUUAAGGGAAUGACUAUUUAGUAUUUUAAUUUACAAGUAUCAAUGCUCUCUCGUGUAUUUCU